AUGGAAGCACCAAUUGAUGUACAAAAAAUGCUUGAUGAAAUGAAACUUCUUGAGAGGAACAUACAAAUGGAUAUUGAACCAGUUACACAAAAACCAUUAUUUAUAAUUAAACCAGAGGAGUCAACAAAUAUUUCUGUUCAAACAAUUGACAAUAUAAUACAGACAACAUUAUGUGCUGCAGAUAGGUUAUUCUUAAGAGAAAGAAAAGUUAUUCAUAUUGGACCAAAUAUUGAAACUCAAGGACUACAAACAGUUGCAAAAUUGUUAUGUGAAAAUGACCCAAUUGAACAACUACGAUCUAUUUUUCCUCCAUCUCGUUCUAUUAAAGUAAUUUUUGAUUUAAUUCAAGAUUUAUAUAAAUUCAGAAUUGAUAAUAAUAUUAUUCAAUUAAGUCCAAUUCAAGCAGCAACACUUUGUUUAAAAUAUGUAGAAUUAAAUUUUAAAGAUAAUUUUGUUAUUCAAAAUGAUGGAACAUAUAAAAAAGAUGAUAUAGUUCAAUUCCUUAGUCAAACAUUAGAAAUAGAAAAUGGAAGAAAACCAACAACAUUAACAUUAGCUUUUCAUUUAUAUCGAGCAGGACUUAGAGAUGAAGCAAUUCAAACAUUAGAAGAUGAAAUGGGAAAAACAAACGAAGCUUUUAGUGAAGCAAUUAAAGGAAAUAUUAAUAAAUUAAAACAACUCAUAUUAAGUGAUCCAAUAGAAAAGUUAUUUGGAAGUAUUUUUACUAAAAAGGAUGUUAUUGGUAUUGAUCCAACAGUUGAUGCUUUCAUUCAUGCUAAUGUUGACAAUUAUAUUUGGUAUAAACUUAGUUCUUCUCAAGAUAUAAUAAAAACAUUUAAUGAACUUCAACAAAUAGUUCCACCUGUAUUAUUAAGAAAUCCAGAUGAUACUACUUUCUUCUUUUUAUUAUUACUUCAACAAUAUGAACAAGCAGUUUCUACUCAAAUUGAAAGAGGAACUCCAUUUGAUGUAAUUGGAUAUACUGUUCUUGUUUUAUUACGUAAAAUAAAUUUCUUGGAUGAACGAUUUGUACUUCAUUAUUUACACUCUAUCUUAUUAAGUGUAACUGGAUGUUAUCAAUUACUUGAUUCUAUUAAUGAUAAAGAUACUGCUAUGAUUCUUUCUGAUGUUAUAGAAAAACCUGGUGCUGAAGAAUCAUUAUUACAAUAUGCUAGUUCAAGACCUCAGAUGGCUCAAAUACUUGCUCCUCUUGUUCGUUCUAAGUUACUUUAUGCUCAUUUGAUGAUAAUUGCUGGUCAAAAACAAAUGGCUCAUGUUGCUAUUCAAGAACUUCUUGAUUCUUAUUUAAUGAAUGGAGAAAAUAUUGAUGAACUAAUUCAAGUAAAUAAUCUAAUAGAACCAACUGAUGAAUAUUUCAAAAAUGUGUAUGACAUAUUACACACCAGUGAUUGUAAAGAAGUUGUUAAUAAAGCAAUUCAUUACCAGUUCAUUCCUUCCAGAGAUGAUUUUAGUGAAUUACAAAAUAUAGUUAAUAAAUGGGACAUUAGCAAUGAACAUAAUAGCAUUAAAACAGGAACACGGACAUUUGUUCUUUCAUUUAUCUUUAGAAAUAUUAUUCAAUCAAUUUCAAUCAAUUCAUUUGAUUCAUCUCAAUACAAAUUGAUUGGAAAAUAUUUUGUUGCAAUGAUUGCAUUAUUAAAGGAUUGUGCUGAUGAUACUUUUAUGGAACUUAUAUCUGGAUAUAAAUCAUAUCUUCUCAAUUGA